UAGCGUUCGGUGCAGAUUAAGGUUCUCUGCUGUUCACCUCGCACCAUGGCUGCUUCCCUUCUUCUCCCCUCUCAGAGGAUCAGCCAAAUGCGCAUGCAUUCAGAAGAUUUGACAAAAGAUGUCAUGUGCUUCUCUCUUUGUCUCAAACGCCAGAAAUGCAACAUCAAGCUAUACAUGAUUCCUGCUAGCACUAUUGUUCAUCAUGGUGUUUUGAGACCUUUUGCGACAAUUGGCUCUUCAGGAGCAGAUGGGAUUAACCAAGGAAAUCAUGUUUCUUUGGGUGUUUUGGCUCCAAACAAAUUUCGAAGGUCUAGAACAUUGCUUCAUAGCUCUUCAAAUCCCUCGGGUGAUGAGAAUGAUUUUGAAAGACAGUUGCAGGAGUUGUUUAAUGCAGUCAAAACUAUGAUUAAGAUGGGGAACAAAAAGGAUGCCAUAGACCUACUUCAAGCAAAUUACGAAGCUGUGAAAGAACAGAUAGAUGCGGGUGCCAAGGGAAUGGAACAAGCUGCUAUUCUUGACAUCAUAGUCUUGGGUUACAUGCUUGUUGGGGACUUAAAGUUGGUUAGAUCCCUGUUGGAUAUGAUGGACAAAAUCGUUGAUGGUUUAAAGGAUGAUGAAGCACUUCUAGAUUCGGUACUCUUGCAUAUGGGAAGUGUGUACUCAACUUUGGGGAAGUUUGAGAAAUCCAUGCUCAUGCACCGGAGGGCUCUUGAAAUUCUAGAGAUGACAUAUGGAAAAGAUAGUGCAUUUCUUAUCACACCAUUGCUAGGGAUGGCAAAAGCUCUUGGCUCCAUUGGAAGAGUAACAAAAGCAGUAGAAAUCUACCAUCAGGCUAUUGCUAUUUUGGAAUUAAGCAGAGGUGCUGAAAGUGAGGAUCUGGUGGUGCCUUUACUUGGUCUGGGCAAUCUUUUAAUCAAGGAGAGAAAGGCCACAGAUGCAGAAAUUCAUUUUACUAGAAUUUUGAACAUAUAUAAGAGGUCAUAUGGAGAAAAUGAUGGAAGAGUUGGAAUCGCUAUGUGUUCUCUUGCCCAUGUGAAAUGUGCAAAAGGAGAUGCAGAUGUAGCCAUUCAAUUGUAUAGAAAUGCCCUUCGGAUCAUCAAGGAUUCAAAAUAUAUGGCUUUAGAUGACGACAUCAUGGAGAAAAUGAGGAUAGAUUUGGCAGAAUUACUGCAUGUAGUAGGAAGAGGAAAAGAAGGUCGGGAGCUACUGGAGGAGUGCUUGUUGAUCACUGAGAAGUAUAAAGGAGAAGACCAUCCCAGUUCCGUUACUCAUCUUAUAAACCUCGCAACCUCCUAUUCACGCUCAAAGAAUUUUGUGGAGGCUGAGCGCUUGCUGAGAACAAGUUUGAGGAUCAUGAUGAAAACUGUGGGGCCUGACGAUCAGUCCAUCACCUUCCCAAUGUUGCAUCUUGCAGUUACUCUCUACCAUUUGAAACAGGAUGAAGAGGCUGAACAGCUUGCCUUGAAGGCCUUGCAGAUACGUGAGGCAGCAUUUGGAAAAGAAUCUCUUCCCGUUGGGGAAGCUCUAGACUGUUUGGUGUCCAUUCAGACCCGAGUAGGGAAAGAUGAUAGCGAGCUACUGGACCUGCUCAAGAGGGUUCUGAUAAUUCAAGAAAAGGAGUUCGGCUAUGAAAGUGAAGAGGUAAUGAUAACUCUUAAAAAAAUUGUAUUUUACUUGGACAAAAUGGGGAGAAAGGAUGAGAAAUUUCCUCUGCAGAAAAGAUUGUCUCUGCUGAGAAACAAACACAAGGAAUCAAUACAGUAUUAAUAGCAACUUAUUCCCCGGUGUUAAACA